UUUAAAGUCAGAGUGUAUUACAAUGUUUCUUAGUCCACCAAAGCAAGGUGAACAACCUGGAAAGAAGAAGAGAAAGACUGAGCUGCAGCUGAAACCGGCCUCUUCCGAGGGACUAAACUCAAGUAUGUCAACGAAGGGCAGAUUCUCUUUCUCCGGAAGAAAGUCAUAGAUGUGCUCAUCAAGCACCUGGAGAAAAGAUUCCAAGAUCUCCAGAAAGGGAGUGUCCCUUCAAAAUGUUCCAUCUUCAACCCCAGUCAGUGGCCCUUUGACAGACAGGAGCUGGCUGCCUAUGGCAAACAAGACUUUGCUGAUAUCUGUGAGCAUGAUCAGCCCCUGAUGGACGAGCACAGUGUUACAACUAAAAUGCUGAAGUCUGAGUUCAUCCUCUACAAGAGUUAUGCAGCAGCCCGCACACUUCGAAUGCCACAGAUCUUCUCUGGCAUCCUGUGUGACACUGAGAGAUGCAAACAGUAUAAGGGGCUGUCAAUACUGUUUGAAAUAUACCUUGUUCUGGCAGUCAACACUGCAGUGUGUGAGCGGGGGUUCAGCUGCAUGAAGAGGGUGAAGAACGACUGGCGUUCCUGUCUGGGUACUGAGCAGCUCAGCCGCCUGAUGUUUUCCUCCAUUGAGGGCCCCUCAAUGGACAACUUUGAUGCUGCCGGAGCCGUGGAGAAGUGGUGGACCUCAGGAAAUAGGGCUCGUCGCCCUGGCUUCAACCCGUGGCAGAAGGAGCAGGAGCAGGAGAUACGGGACGACCUCUAUCAAGACCUGGUUCUUAUGGAUCAGGAAGCCGAGCAGGAGGAGAAUGUGCGCCAGGAGGCCAUAUCUGACGAGCUCGGACUUGAGGCAGAGAAUGUGGCUGCUGGCGAGAAGCGCUUGGCUGAAGCUCUUGGCGACUCAGAUGAGUCAGACAUAGACGAGUCAGACAUUGACACUUUCUUGAAAGACUAUCAGUCGUUGAAUCAGCAAACACAAACAAGAAGAAUCACCACGUGA